CCCUUUUUUGGGAGCCAGCCAAUUGCAUUUCGCACCCCCCUUUCACUUCUUCUCCUAUAUACACGAUAAUGAGUAUAACAAAAAGGACUGUUUUAAUACUGGACCAUAGUCCACAUGCGCGCAGGCGAGCAUGUCAUGAAUAUGAGGAGAAAGCCAUGGCUUCAAAUGAGUUUCCGGACAAUGAUGAAUUCGACUUGGAGCCAUGUUCGAUGUGGUCGAGUUUUGUUCAUGCAUGCCUGCAUUACACCCGUUUAGCAUGGGAUUUAUCACCUGUUGGUCAAAGAACACAGGUAUCCGUCCAUGUGGCACCAGGAUCAGGACAAACGUCCGAUAGUAUAGUACUGAAUACCUGGGCCAAUCAAGAUCAGAGCUUAGGGAGCAUUACUUCUCAAUUGAGGGAACUGCAACUUCGGGAUGAUGACAUGGAGUCCGUUAACGCAGAGAGCGAUGACAUGGAUGAUUCUGGCGGCUGGAUAGAGCAUGCAUUGAAGGGCGCAAUAGCUCAUGCAUUGGAACCCAUACCAGUAUAUUCAACACCAUUAAACACUAUAUCUACUCCAUCAAAGAUGACAAUCAAUGUCAUAAUGCUUCUUGCAGACCUCAAAGAAGAAACUAAGAUGGAUGACGAAGACACAGAGAUGGGGGAUGAGGAUGAUGAACGCGCAUGGAUUUAUGGCGAUCUGGAUCUGCGAAAGCUUCUCAUGGAUGCCCUUUACAGCCUACAGGAAUGUGUCAGGAAUAGCAGGGUCUCGGCUAUUAAUGUAGAAUUUAUAAGGGUAUCGACACAAUCAACAGCACCAAGACCAGAUAUCUUAAAGGAAGAUAUUUCGAGAGUUUGUUCGUCCUCUGUAUAUACAAUCACCACAAAGGAUGAGACUACCGUGACAAGUGGACUCAUCAAUCAUUAUUUGCGACAAAACAGAGGUGUACAGCUUCUACGUCUUCACAAUUUGCCUUUAAAGCGCCAGGACAAUGAUGAAGAUAACAGUAAUAACGCCCCAGUGGAAUUGUUUUACAGAUCGGAUCACAUCAGAGCUUUGGCUUGGAAGAAGGCAGACAUGAAUACUGGGAACAGGAUAUCCGCCGUCCUUCAUGAUACCCCCCAAAACCUCCGUGAAAUAGCAGAACUAGAAUAUGGCGUGGAAUGUACAGAGUUGUCCAAUGUUAUACCGACUGAAUGUACACAUCUCGCAUCAAUAUCCCCUUCAACAUUUACUGCAUCAUUCUUCCCUUUCAUCAAUGGCAAAGUUCACCUCCUGAAGCAUCCUGGCCCUGGUGAUUUGGCCUCAAAGGCCCUCUUUGAUCAUGAUGGACAGCUUUUCAUCCACUGUCUCCAGUCAGAACCAGAUCCAUUAGCGUUUUCAAUGCAAGCAGCCCAACACUUUGAUACCAAUAAGAAGGUCAAUGUUUCUUCAAGUAAUUAUCAUCUUGAGGAGUUUGUGGACGCUAUUCUUUAUCCCAAUCUGAUUGUGCCUGGCGCCGACUCAUUUUCUCAGGAAGGAAACAUAUUUACAGAGAUCGUCCCACCUGCUUUGAAAUCAAUAACUUGUAAUCAUAAGGAGAGUGAGGGUGAAGAUGACUACAAGAGUGAGGAGGGAGCAAGCUCAAGAGGUGUACAUAUGACGCUUGUCCACACGACCUCUAAACUAGACUUGGAAACGCGAUGGCUGGUCCAAUGGGAAGGAGAGCGUACACAUCCCAUUCUGCCUGCUCAUAAUACACAGAUUCAGAGAUUUAAAAGUGCUAUAUGCAAAAACAGUGUGGACACAGCAGGAGUUGCUACUAUAAAUUCAGUCUUGGAUAACUUGAUUGCGGACGCACGCCCAUUAGCCCUACCAGGCGAAUCAACACCAUCAGGACAGGGAAUGGCGUCUCAACAGCAACAACGAUAUCGUGAAAGCGCUCAGGCCAUUCUGGCGGAUUUGUGGAUGAUUGGCCAGCGCUUCAAGUCUGUGUCGCCAAGUCAUGCUGAGGCGGCACGACUUAUUGCCACCAAGGUAACACCCAAGGGAUUAGACCAUCAGACGGUGAGGCUAACACUUGUACCACCGAGUAGGCGAGCUGCUUUGAUCAAUGCAGAAGCUCAGGGGGGAAGUCCCAUGUUCGACAACGGAGACAUGGGAAGUGAUGGAUGGAGCCGGAAUAAGGGUCAGCGCGGAGGUAAUAAUCCAGGUGGUAUUAUUGGUCGCGGGGGAAACCGGGGAGGUCGAUUCGAUAAUCGUGGUGGUAGAGGGGGAGCGGGUGUCAACAACGCUGCAGGACGCGGCAGAGGAGGUUUCCGAGGAAGUCAUAAUACAAAUAGUCCUGGUGGUAAUAACAGUAAUGCAGCCAUUUCUGAUGAUAUGAGUUUUAGUGGAAUGGACUCUUCAGCAGGGCCUAACAACGACAUUAUGUUGAGUAUGACUGGAAAGACACAGCCGGUUCCUUAUUUGAUCACACAGCCGCCUACACGAGAGGAAUUAGAGGAGUCGGAACAAGAAUACCUUGCACAGCUCGGUGAGGAUGGUUGUUUGCUUAAAGCCUAUUGGGGUUCACGGGGCGCACAGGGCUCUGCAAUUGCAAGUGUGCUGAAUUCGGUCACGUCGCUUGAUGCUCCUUCUGCCAAUGCAUCGAGUUCAGAUAUACAACAACAACAACAACACCAACCAGAUCCUAUUGUUGCAGUGGCAUUAGCAGCACAACAAAAGAUGAAGAAAUUGCCGACGAAGCGGCUGAGAUUACAGGAUUUUGCAGGCCGGACACCGUCUGCAGAGAACGGAGGUUUCAGUAAAUAAGAUAGAGCUCCGAUUUUUUUUUUUAGGAAAUUACGCUAGAUUUUGCAUGUGAGAACGAGGUGUAGCUUCUGGAUCAAGGAAAUACGUUCUUUGAUUAUUUCUGAUUAUCCAAUAAAAUCAAUCUUUCCG